UCGAGUUUAAAAACCUAGUAAUUCUAACCCUUUGUCCUCAAUAAACCUGAAAAGUCUGGGUGGGUAAUCAUGCAGAUAUGACAAAAGAAGUUCCGUUCAGAAAUUCUAAAUGAUAUUAUUUCUUUACAGUGUCUGAGCCAGCGGUCAUCAUGAGGGCAGUUGUUAUGACUUUGCUACUCUUUAUAACCAUAGGAACUCGUGGUGCAGUCUUAUGGAAAGAUGAGCCGCAAACUGAUCUGGAUGAAGUAAGAAAUUCUCUACAUAUCUACCUCCAUCAAGUGAGUGACACAGCCAGAGGUGCUAUUGAACAGAUAGAUAAUUCCAAGAUUGGAAAGCAGCUCAAUCUCAGGAUUUCAAAGAGCUUGGACAACCUUGGUGUCUAUGUUGCAGAGCUGCAAAAGAUAGUAACUCCUCUAUCAGAUGAAAUUCAUCAGAGAUUCCAGAAAGACAGUGCAAAGCUCGAGGAGAAGUUUCGGGAGGGCUUGAAAGAGUUUAAAGCCAAAAUUCUUCUCUACACUGAAGAUCUCCACAACAAAGUCAACAAGAAUGUUGAGGAGUACUGUGUCAUGCUAAGUCCUCUGGCUGGUGACUUGAAGGAACUAGCUCUUCACAAUGCCAAGGACCUCCAUCAAAAGUUGGCCCCGUUAGCUGAGGAGAUCCAGGAGAAAAUGAGGACCAACAUUGAGGACUUUAAUAAGAAGGUCAACCCAUAUGCUACAUCAGUUCAUGAGAUAGUAAACCAACGACUGGCAUCCUUCCAAAAGAAUGCAUCUCCUUACACCAGGAAAGUCAGUGAACUGUUCUAUGAAUGCUUUGAGAAUUUGAGAAUGAAAGUCACCCCUUUGGCCCAAGACAUCCAGCAGCGUCUCACUGACACAUCGAAGACUUUGACAGCAGACUAACAUCAGUAUGGAAUACAUUUUGCCAACAUUUCAUUUAAAGACAGAAGAGAAAUUCAAGUAACUAAAAUGGUUCUUUAGGCCAAGAUCAAUUGCUCUUUGUCUUGUAUUACAUCACCAUAAUUCCAAUGUUUACAUUAACACAGUGUAUUGGUUUUAUUUAUUCACUGAGUCAAGAAACAAAAGUACUGUACUAACAAAUAUGUACCACUAUCUUUAUAAGAAGAAUGCAUAGCAGUAUAUCAAGUACAAGUUCAAGUUACUUUAUUAUCAUUAUUGUUAUUUGUAUUUCUGUGAAAAUUGUUGUCACAAAGAAUGCUUACAUUGGCUAUGACAAGCUACCUGGGUGUUAGAGGAAUUAUUUUUAAAUAUACCAUGACUCCAAAAAGUCAACAGUAGUAAAUUGCCAUAUGUUGCUCUUAUUGAAGACCAUAAACCCUACAAAUUGAUUUACAGCUGCAUUAAUGUGAUUUAAUGCAUAAAAUAAACUUGAUAAAAUGUUUUUAGUAGCUUUGCUUAACUGCAGACAUCAUUUACAAAUAUCCAAAACUUACUCAUUUGGGAAUAAUAUGACCUGAAGUCAUUGAUGCUCACUAUGUGCUUAUCCCACGUUAUACCCCUGUAAUCAAAAGACGUGAGGAAAGAAUGGGAAUCUGGCAUUAAGAUAGAGGAUCAGCCACAAUUGUACUGAAUGGAGGAGCAGACUCAAAGGGCCAAAUGGUCUACCGCUGCUCUUCAAGACUUCACUGGUUUUAAUGUGGCUAAAUGGUUUACAGAGCUAUCCUCAGAAACCUGACUUUAUAUUUAUAAAUUAACUUGAAUUCCAAGCAUUGACAGAAACCCAUUUUCCUCUAUAGUCCAUUCUCAUUCCUUCUAUAACACAAGGGCACAGAUGUUUUGCACCGUUCGCAGUUAUGGUGGUCAAUAUUUAUUUUAGUACAACUACAUAUUUUUUUGAUCAUGUUGCAAGAGUUUGUUAUUGGAAGCAUUUCCUGGAUGUUGCAGUUUGAAGGGUUAGGGAUCGGGGCACACUGCUGGGAUUUCUCUGGGUGUAAGAUUCAGCAGUGUG